AUGCUGUCAACCAUAUCGAAGCUCGAGUACAUACCCGAAAGCCAGAUGGACUCGGCCUGUGCUCUGGGAGGCAACGGAUUGGCGUUUGUCUACUAUUUUAUCAAUUCUCUUACCGAUGGCAUCACAAAAGCUGGGGUGAACCGGCAAACAGCCCUUAAAUUUGCGGCCAUAACCGUACAGUGCGCGGCACUGACGCUACUAGAGUCGGGUAAACAUCCGUCAGAGCUAAAGGAUAGCUGCACAUCACCAUCUGGAUCGGUCAGAUAUGGCUUGCGAGUGCUCGACAAAGCAGAUGUCGCCUCAGGAGUGGCCAGUGCUGUAGAAGCGGCGCACAAGAGGGCCAAAGAAUUGGCAGAAAAACUACCAAAUUAA